UGUCGAGCAAGUUUCCCGGUAAAGUGAACGUGUAUGACCGGUCUUAAUUUCAUGUCAGGGGUGAGAGACAGUGGAACGGUUUUAAUUAUUUGAUGUUAUGGUUAUGUUUAUUAUUUAACUCUUGUCCAAUUCCAUGUCCUAGAGCGUCGAGUAGUUUCUUUGUGACGAGAAUGAUAAAAAAUGGGCGAUAAAUUUUCAAACAAUUACCCUAACAGCUAUCAUCAAUUAUCCAAGCAAAUUCAGCAGAGUGAGAUGCCAUACUACCCAUAUCUAACUAUACCUAUAGGUAAUACAUUUUCCCCCAAUUUUCCUGAAAUGCAUUCGAAUUUAACUGCAAAUACUCCCCGGAAUCAAGGCAUGGCUUCAAACAUGUAUUUCGAGCAGCCUGAUGCUCAGAAUUGGGAAAAUAGGGCAUUACCUGAUGUUGAGAAAGUGAUAAAGUUACCUGAUAAAAUUGAAUUGAUUGAAAUAUCAAGUAAAGAUUUGAGUCCAGUUAGUGUCGAUCUCAUUUCCGACAUAUGUAAGGCAACUAAUAAGGAUACAAAUGUAGUCACAAGAUAUGAUAACCAGUGGUACUAUAAUCAAAGAUGUUAUGAGUACUCAUCAUGUGCACAAUUAUCAAACAGUAAUGUUUCAAAAUAUUGCACAGUACAGAAAAACCAAGAAUAUGAUCCAUUGAUGAAGAGCUGCAGCUACCCUGAUAACAUUUAUUCUCAAAAUAAUGAAAGUUACUUUAGGAAUGUUGAAAGCAAACCUGCACCAAAUGAUAUGCUGCAAGACUAUAAUAAUUAUCAGUAUUAUGACAAAUAUCAAGAGAAUGUCAACUUAUUCCCAGGAGAAAGUUACUUCAACCCUGCUCAACAAAUACCUUUUGAGCCCUCUAUGUCACAGCAAACAGAAGAAUCAAAUGAAAGUGAUAUUAUUGUGGAAGAGUCUGAUGAUGAUGUUACAGAUUAUAGUGAAGAUCAAGAGAAGAGAGUUAACAUAAUUUCUCAUAGAUGUAUAGUUUGUAAUUUGGUUUAUGCUCCACUAGGAAUUCAGUUUUACUUUCUCACAAAAGACACUCCUUUAACUAUGUCUAGUCAGAUUCCAGUUAUUAGAAAGAUAAGUGGUAUAGUUGGUAAUAUCCCUAAUGAUGUACAUAGUUAUCUCUGCAGUGAAUGCUUAGGGCUUAUUAAUACUAUUGAUCAUCUUGAGUUUAGGCUUAAAGAUUUUAACCAAGAACUGAUCACCAAAUUUGAGAAAACUUGUGAGAUAAAUGGUAAAACUUGUCCACCAAAAGCUAAUGCACAUGUGAAAAUGAGAAAGAAGAAAGUACACUUUCAAAAAUAUAGGUGUAAAAUAUGUAAAAAAGUAUUAUGCUUCAAACAGUACUAUCUGUAUCAUUAUAAAAAACAUCAGAGAAAAAUAUUAUGUGAGCAAUGUGGUAAAAUAUUUUCUAAUAGAAGUAAGUUUAAUAUUCAUGUAAAGAAGCAUAAUUUGAUAAGCAUUCAUAAAAUAGACUCAUUCAAAUGUUUCAACUGUGAUAAAAAUUUUAGAACUAAAUCGAACUUGAAAGAACAUGAAAACUAUUGCACAGGUGCAUAUCCUUUUGACUGCAAAUAUUGUGAUAAGAAAUUUGCAUCAUCUACUAAAUUGAAGAACCAUGUAAAACUGAAGCACGAUAAAAAGUUUGUUGCUAUCUGUUCUAUUUGUAACAUUGGGUUUAUAAAAGUUUCAGAUUAUAAAAGUCAUAUGGUUACUCACAGCACAGAGAAAAAAUUCAGUUGCAAAAAAUGUGAUAAGAGCUAUAAAACUGUUAGUAAUUUAAAUUUUCAUAUGAAAGUUCAUGAGGAAAUAUUACCUUUCAUUUGUAGCAUAUGCAAAAAAGGUUUCAUGAGAAAAGAGUAUCUUGAAGCCCAUGUUAGUAAUCAUAAUGGAAUUAAAAAUUACAACUGUACUAUUUGCGAUAAAAAGUUUGUGUCUCAAAAGAACCUUGAUGCUCAUUUGAAAUACCAUGAUGGAACUUUGGUAAAACAUACAUGUAAUAUUUGUGAGAAGAAAGUAACAACAGGUUUUGAAGAGCAUUUAAGAAUACAUAGUAAUUUGAAAGAGUAUGAAUGUCAAUACUGUGAUAUGAGGUUUAAUACUAAAGGGACAUUGAGAAAGCAUAUUGUAAAGAAACAUCCUAAUGACAAAUAAAGUAGUAACUUUUU